UUGAUUUAUUUGAAAGACAACUGAAUUGAUGAGGCAGCGUUUGCAGGAGGAGGACUAUAUACCCAGGAUCUUCCGUCCACCACAUCAAGGCUCACAGCUCCCAUCCAGCUCGGCUUCUUCAGGAACACAGGAGUUCCCGACCAACCAGUCACCAUGAGUUCACUCAGUGUGGCCAACACCAAGUUCACCCUUGACCUGUUCCGGAAGCUGAGGAAGGACGGGGACAACGUCUUCUACUCCCCGGUCAGCAUCCUGUCAGCACUGGCCAUGCUCGACCUAGGGGCCAGGGGGAACACUGCCCUGCAGAUGGAGAAGGUCCUUCAUUUCAAUGAAAUCACAGAAAAAGCAACAAAGAAACCCACAGCCCCUCAUGCUGGAGAGUCAGGAAAUGUGCACCAGGAGAUUCAAAAGUUUCUGACUGAAUUAAACAAACCCAGUGAGGCCUACAACCUGAAGAUCGCCAACAGAGUCUAUGGAGAAAAGGAGUUUCAGUUUCUUCAGGAAUAUUUGGACGGGAUUAAGAAAUUCUACCUAGCCACUGUGGAAUCCCUUGAUUUCAAAAAUGCUCCAGAAGAAAGUCGAAAGAAGAUUAAUUCCUGGGUGGAAAGCCAAACAAAUGGUAGAGUAUGGGAGGGCUACUCAUGGCGGAAACUUUUGAUCGCCCUGUGAGGAAGCCCAGAUGUGACAUGGUAGGGAGUCCUGGUGGGAUGUUAUUGGAUCUGCAGAGAUGAUGGAGGAGGCAGUGCAGAUGGUCCCAGUAAAUAUGGACAGAUCCAGGAGGAGCAGGGAUAAAAGAGAAGGAGGUCAACUAGGUGGAGACAUGGCUGCAAAGCUACUUGCACAUGGCCCCCGGCUGACACUAUCUUUGUGGAACCCACAUUCCCACUCAGCCCCAUUUUGAGAUUUUCUUGAGGUCAGAGCCAAGUGUUGCUUAUGAAUCUUUAGAACAAAACAGUCCAAAGACUUCCUUCCUCUUACUCCUCUGGAAACAGGCAGCCCAUCUGGAGACCAGGCUCCCUGCCCCUUGACCUAUAAUGGCCUGGAGCACACCUCCACCAACCCUCCUGCAGGGAUUACCCCAGGGUCUCCUCCACCCAGGGCAGAGGCUUCUCAAAGCCUCCAUUGUGUGCACAACUAGUUGGACCCCUUCCUACAGGCCGUCCUUGCAGCAGUUGUACAGGAGACUGAGGAGGAGAAGGAAUCCCUGGGAGCAGCAUCUGACAGCAGGGGACUCUCAGAGUACAGAGCUCAGGCCAUUGUCCUCGAGGACAUUCAGGCCCUGUUUCUCCACGUGAGGGACCCACCUUGGGAAAACAGAAGGGGAGGAGCAGAGGAAGGAAGCAAAGAGUCAAGCUGGACAAGCAGAUAAAAUCAGCUCCUCAAUGUCCC